AUGGAUGUCAAAGCCGCGUUGCUGAAUGGAGAUCUUAGUGAAGAUAUCUACAUGCAGCAGCCACAAGGCUUCAUUGUUGCUGGUCAGAAACACAUGAUGUCGAAGUAUGCCAAAUUCCUGAAAGAGGUAAUGUGCAACAAAAGAAAGUGGGAGGAAGGUGAGAUGGUAAAAGUAAACGAAGAAUGCCCAGCCAUUCUUCAAAAGAAUAUGCCCCCAAAACUUAAGGAUCCAAGGAGUUUUUCUAUACCUUGCACCAUAGGGAAUACUAAAUUUGAAAAAGCUUUAUGUGAUUUAGGUGCUAGURUAAAUUUAAUGCCUUAUUCUAUUUUUGAAAAACUUGGAUUGCAUGAAGUAACAUCUACAACUGUUAUUCUGCAAUUAGUUGAUCGAAGCAUUAAAUAUCCUAGGGGAAUAGUAGAAGAUGUUUUAGUUAAAAUGGGCAAUUUCAUAAUUCCUGCUGAUUUCAUUGUGUUGGAUAUGGAAGAAGAUAAGACAAUGUUGUUGAUUCUUGGGAGACCUUUUCUUGCUACUGGUGAUGCUUUAAUUGAUGUGCGAAAAAGUCUACUUACCCUUAGAAUCAAUGGUGAAGAAGUGGUGUUCAAUGUAUUUAAAACCAUGGAACAUCCCAACACAAUUGAACUUGAAAUUUAUGCAAUCGAUAGCAUUGAUGUUGGUGCAGCCGAAAUAGACACAUCUAAAUCAGAAGACACGCUGAAAGUUGCACUUAACAAUAGUCCUAAUCAAUUGCAACAAACAGAGUAG